UUUUCACGGUUCGAACCCGUGAAAUCCUAGUCACAUGGCAACAACUUUACCCAUUACGCUUAUGCUUAGGCUCACCUUCUACAUUUUGAAAGUACUGAAAUACUAUUAUUCAUGGGAAAGAUUUUCAUACCACUUCAUGCAUUGGACUGAACAGCUAAAAAAUAGUACAAAUUUUCUGAUACUAUGCCUUGGUUCAAGAAUCUCAUCAAAAUUUCCACUACCAUUUUGAACCAACCAUCUUCCAAAUCUAUAACCCCAUUUGCCUCACCUCCACUGACCCAAUUUUUUCUACAAUUCACUAAAGAUUACUCUACUAAUAUUGGUUCUAAACAUGCUGGAAUGGAACCAACAAAAACUGACCAAAAACCAAGAAUUGUGGUGCUAGGUUCAGGAUGGGCUGGUUGCAGGCUAAUGAAAGACAUUGACACAAACAUUUAUGAUGUUGUUUGUGUGUCACCUAGGAAUCAUAUGGUUUUCACUCCAUUGUUAGCAUCUACUUGUGUUGGAACUCUUGAGUUUAGGUCUGUUACAGAACAUAUUGGGAGGAUUCAACCUGCUAUUUCAAGAGAACCAAGUUCUUAUUUCUUUCUUGCUAAUUGCACUGGCAUUGAUUUUGAUAAACAUAUGGUACAAUGCCAAACUGUGACAGAAGGAGUUGAAACCUUGGAGCCAUGGAACUUCAAUAUUUCAUAUGACAAGUUAGUCAUUGCCUCUGGAGCACAAGCUUUGACAUUUGGAAUUAAAGGUGUAAAAGAGCAUGCUACUUUUCUUCGCGAAGUUUACCAUGCUCAGGAAAUACGAAGGAAACUACUCCUAAAUCUCAUGCUUUCUGAUGUGCCUGGAGUUACAGAGGAAGAAAAGCGUCGACUUUUACAUUGUGUUGUAGUUGGAGGUGGACCAACAGGAGUUGAGUUCAGUGGUGAACUUAGUGAUUUUAUCCUAAGGGAUGUUCAUCAAAGAUAUUCUCAUGUCAAAGACUACAUUCGCGUCACAUUGAUUGAGGCAAAUGAGAUAUUGUCCUCCUUUGAUGAUCGUUUACGUGUAUAUGCAACCAAACAGUUGACAAAGUCAGGAGUUCGUCUAGUACGAGGCCUCGUACAAGAUGUGCAACCUGAGAAGAUAAUUCUUAGUGAUGGCACUGAUGUUCCAUAUGGUCUGUUAGUUUGGUCUACUGGUGUUGGACCUUCACCUUUUGUGAAUUCACUGGAUAUACCAAAAGCUAAAGGGAGGAUUGGAAUUGAUGAAUGGUUACGCGUCCCAUCGGUACAGGAUGUCUUCUCAAUUGGUGACUGCAGUGGUUUUCUUGAAAGUACAGGCAAACAAGUUCUUCCAGCUUUGGCACAAGUUGCAGAGCAGCAGGGAAAAUAUCUUGCAAGUAUGAUAAACAGGAUGGGUAAAGAAGGUGGAGGACAUGCCAAUUCUGCAAAUAAAAUGAAUUUGGGAAAUCCAUUUAUUUAUAAACACUUGGGAAGCAUGGCUACUAUUGGUAGAUACAAGGCCCUUGUUGACCUUAGAGAGAGCAAGGAAGCAAAGGGUGUAUCUAUAGCAGGAUUCACGAGUUUGCUUGUUUGGCGUUCUGCAUAUUUGACUCGUGUAGUGAGCUGGAGGAACAGAUUCUAUGUACUGAUUAACUGGUUGACAACCUUAAUCUUUGGCCGUGAUAUAAGUCGGAUUUAGACAAAACAUCCGGAACAUACCUGUCGUACAGUAGUGUUUGCAGGAUUUUGUGCAAGCGAUGUCCGUCUAUUGUCACAACUCUACUAUGAGCUUGGGUUGAGGUGUGGAAAUUACAAGGCUUUAUUUCCUGUUUCGGAAUGUUUUUAUUUUGUAAUAUUUCCAUUAGAUAUCGUCACACUGUAUAUAUAGCUAAGUAAUAUUUUUUUUCAA